UCGGUUUCGGCGAUACUAUAUUCCGACUACCAAAAUCUCAAUUUUUAUCUUCUUAUAAAUAUUGAUGUGUGAAAAUUCUCACAAUGGCACUAUCAAUGCAAUGAGUACAAUCUUUUUGACUGGAGCAAAAGCUUCGAAAAGAGUAAGUUUCAUUCUUCGACCUCUAUAUUUAUCUUCUUGCACUGUAAGAUAUGCUUCUAUCAAUUCUGGAAUAAACCGUGGGCUACGGAAGUCUAAAGGAGUUGGGUUCAGAGGAAAGGAUAAAGGUCGCCCUAGUCGGGAGGAUGGUGGUGCUGGUCGAGGAUUUCAGGUCCCUAGAUCAGAUCCACAUUGGAAAAAUAGUGGGUCUGUGGAUGAUCUAGGGAGCAAGAACAAGUCUAUGCAUACACGAUUCAAGGGGAAUGACCGCGAUGAUGAAUCGAAACCAAAAUAUAAGACGUCCUCGCGCUUUGGAGACCGUCAGGAUAGAGGAAACGACUGGGAGGGAAAGUCUGAAAAUUUCAAGCCGCUAAGAGCUAAGGGUUCCUAUGGGGAAGAAUCUUUUGACACGUACAGGGAGCCUCGAAGCAGCAAGCCUGGUUACGAAAAGAAAUCCUAUGGUUCUUAUGGAUCUGGAGAGGAGAUAGCUGGUUACCAAAAGAGAUCCACCGGUAGAUCUCACGAGUUUCCAGAGAAACGCCGUGCCGAUGAGAAGGAUUCUUUUAACAAGUCAUUCGGGUCAUCCCGUGACAUCCUGAAGCAUAAGCAAAAAUCUUACCCAAACUUCGGAGAGGUAAGAAUGAUAUCCGAAAAAGGAUAUGAAGGUCCUAGAAAUUGGGCAAAAGGUUUCACGUACCCUUCGAAAUAUCCUACACGCGAGGAACGACUAGCGGUCAAAUCAAUGAGAUCUGGAUCAUCGUCAGAAUAUUCUCGCUCAUCUCCUCAGUCGGAACCUGGCUCGGAAUCUCAUCCUUCAGAAUUCUCGCCGCCCAAGACCAGUUCCUCCUUCGCUAAAAAUAUUCCAAUUUCAAUACCAUACACCACACCAGCCUCGGAAUUCCUGUACGGCACCUCAGUUGUCGAAGCUGCCCUGAACACACGGCGAAGAAAGAGCAGAAAGCUCUACAAGCUCUAUAUUCACAAAGGCGAAGACCGUCACAGUGGAGACCGAGAUGGUUUUCUAGCAAGACUAGCCCAGAGGAAAGGGGUUGAGGUUGCAAUAGUAAGAGGACAUGACUGGCUACGAACUCUCGACAAGAUGAGCCAAGGCCGUCCACACAACGGAUAUAUUCUCGAAGCAUCACCCCUUCCCCGUCUACCCGUCAUAAGUCUCGGCUCGGUAAUCGACCAAGGCGACAGCUUCGCCAUCCAACUCGCUCCCGACCGCCAAUCCCGCGAGGAGCUCGAGGUCCACGGCAACGACACUACAAUCAAUGUCCCCAAAGAUUCCUCCGGUCGCAAACCCCUUGUUCUCCUCCUAGAUAGCAUAGAAGACCCGCAAAAUCUAGGCGCCAUCCUGCGCACAGCACUGUUCAUGGGCGUAACAGCCGUCGCAAUAUCCGUCCGCAACAGCGCCUCCUUCACACCCGUCGUCUUCAAAGCCUCCGCCGGCGCCGCUGAAACCAUCGAGAUCUUCUCCGUCAACAAACCCGGAGGCUUCAUCAAGGACUCCCAAGCCUCUGGCUGGAAAAUCUACGCAGCAGUUGCACCACCUGCCACUCGAAAACCAGAUUCGAGAUACAUGUGGCCCGCAACUUCUCAAGAAUUUGUCUGGUCCCACAAACUCCAAGAUCCAUUACGUGAGGAUCCUUGUAUAUUAAUGGUUGGAGGCGAAGGCGAAGGUUUGCGCAAAAACUUGAGAGAUCAUGCUGAUGUGCAUAUUUCAAUCAAGGGUGCAGCUAUGCGAGGUAAACUCGAUAGUUUAAAUGUUAGUGUAGCAACUGGCAUGUUGUGUGGUGCUUUUAUGAGACAGACAGCAAGAAAGACUGUUGAGGAAGCAGUCAAGGAAGUUGAGGUGGAAAUAGAAAAUCUCAAUGAGAAUCAGGUUUUCUGACAUGUAUGAUAUAAAGUUGCAACUAGUAUAGAAAACUAAGGGUCCAUUCGGAUCGAUUAUCUGAAAUAUUAGAAAUAUUGAGCUCGAUAAAAAUAUUAGG